AUGGCUGCUAUUAUUUCAGUCCUUCAACACUCAUAUUGUCUUGAAAAUAUAAUCUUCCAUUUUGUGUCUUCCUUUGCCGCUGACACCUCCCACCUCAACCUCACAAUCGCAAAGUCAUUUCCUUACCUUCAGUUCAACAGCUAUCCUUUCGAUGAUUCGCCGGUGGCGGGGUUGAUCUCAACUUCUAUUCGUGCUGCACUGGAUUGUCCACUCAACUAUGCCCGCAACUAUCUGGCUGAUCUGCUCCCUAAACUUGCUGCAACUCCUCUAGGCAAUGAAGCAGUUUUAGCAGCACUUGAGUACUGCAACGCAAACUUCACCUCCUAUUUCACGCCCACAUUCUGGUCCAACCCUUCUCUUUCCUUAACCUUCUCUUUCACCGCCAGCACUUCCACCGAUUAUACUUCAACCACAAGCAUCUCAUGCACCUGUCCAACAGCCACCACGAACACCAGCCCUAGUAAUAAAGGCACCCGCUCCCGCACCCACAAUACCCCCACCAAUUCCACCACCUACAGCACCAAUGCCAGUACCACCACCACCUAUUGUGUCACCAGCCCCAACACCAGAUUUGGUUCUCCCACCUAUCAAGAAUGA